CCGGUGUGCCCGCACGUGAGUGUCGCGCGUGUCUUUCCUAGUCCAGCGCCGCGUACUCCGCACCGAUGCAACGUCCGUGGAGAUGAGCGCCGGGUGCGCCGCCUGUCCCGCCCCGCCUCUCUCCGUCUCGCUCGCACUCCCCGCGGCGCGCUCGCGUCCUCUCCCUCCCGCGUCAUGCCGCGCGCGCACCGGCAUCGCCUUCUCUCAACGCUGCACUUCUUACUUCUCACUGGCUUUCUUCCCUACAUUUUCGCAGAGCGCAGCAGCUCGCAGCGCUCGCCCCCUUUAGAAGAAGCCGCGGAACUCCUCCGCGAUGCCCCUCUUUAUCCUCCCCUUCGUGAAGAUGUUUCUACCAACGACAAUCCCGAACUGACAGAACAAUCUAAUAGUAUAGUAUACGACACUGAGACCAGCAUUGAAGAGAGUAAUAUACGAGUAACUCCGGAAGAAUCAGAUUCGAAAUUUCUUAACGAUGCAUCGGCAGACACGGACGACGCUUCGAAUAGUAAAUAUAGCGUUGAUAUCGAUGAGAAUUCUGAUACAGCAGAUAUUGAAGACAGAAUACCUUUCCUUAGACCUGUAUAUCCUGAAGACAAUUUGUUUAAAUCUUCCUACCUAAACAAUCAAGAUGAAAACGAUGUUUUUGAAACAUCCAGAGAUAACGAUGAAGAUUCUGAGGAUAUAAGUUUUUUCACUUCAACGAAAUAUGACAAGUUCAAUGAAAACGAAUUAAGAUCUAUUAGAGAAACAAAAGAGUAUCGAGAAACAGAAAACCUGAAUGAGGCUGAUAAAGUUAAUGAAAUUGUACCUGAUGAUGAUGAUUUAUUAGCUAAGAAAAUUAUUGAAGAAAAUACGAAUUCUGAAAUUAAUUUGAUUACUUUAGGGAAAAAUAAACGUGACGAUCCAGGCAUAUUGAUAGCCCCCGACUUCAGUACGAAUGCAAAAGAUUCCGUCUUAAUUACUUCCGAUGAAGCUACUGUGGAAGAUGAGGAUGUUGGUCAAAGCGGUCCUCAUGUUUUUGAUACAACAAUUGAAACUAUAACAGACAACACUGAUGAUUUUAACAUGGAAGAUUUAAAAACGAAACAAGAAAGAACUAAACGCAGUCAAGAUUUUGAUAAAUCGACAAAGACAUCCCGCCGUGUGAAAACCGGCGACACCAUCCUUAACAUCCGCGGCGCCGUGCGGGACGCCAUCGGGGACGCCGGUGCGGCGCCGGGCCCGCGCGCCUCCACGCGCCUUGACGCCUUUGUCAUCCGGCCUGCGCCCGCGCCGCGCCAGCCACUGCGGGACGAGCCGCGACCUGACGCCGACGAGCCGGCGCCCAAGCCCGUCACCUCGCAGAAGCACGAGCGCGAGCUGCUAGUGGCGGCGCACUCGUACGUGCGUAUUCCCUGCGACCUUGUCAACGUCACCAACCUACGCUGGUACAAGGACAACGAGGCGGCGUUGUUGUCGACGGCACUGCCGGGGGCGGAGGGCGCGGGCGCGGCAGGCGCAGGGGGCGAUGGCGCGCUGCACAUCCCGCGCGCUGCGCAGGCGCACACUGCACGUUGGCGCUGUGCUGGGCAAGACAGCAAGGGUCGCGCGCGCGCCGGACGACCUACCAGACUACUAGUAUAUGAGGCGGUGCGGUCGGUAUACCUGGCAGUGGACGGGCGGCGGUUGGACGCCGGCAACACGUGGGUUCCGGUGCGCGACACCGCCGUGCUUGAAGUGCAGUGCUUCGCUGAGGGUGGCGUGCCCGCACCGGAGCUGUCUUGGCGGCUGCUGGCACAGGAGCCAGCGCUCGACCACCGGCCCUACCUACGCGUCUACCACACCAACCACUCCGUAGAGGGCGUGCGCUGGUCGCGCGCGGUGGUGACAGCGGCGCGCGAGCUGCACAACGCGACGCUGCGAUGCUCGGCCUUACAGCGCCGUCCCCCGCUCGCCGCGCCUAGACCCCCCGACGCACCUCCCGAGCUCCCCGCGCAGGACGACCUCAGCGCGCAGUUGCAGAUACAUGUAACAUACCCACCGUCUUUUGUGAUCUCUCGUUGGCCGGGGUUCGGCGCGCGGCUGGUGGCGGGCGGGGCGGCGGCGUUGCGCUGCGACGUCGACUCCAAUCCACCCGCGCGCGCGCACUGGAUGCGCGACGAUGACACUACAUCCAGCUCGCCGACACCGCUGGAGGGAGUGGGGGAGGCGCGAGGCGCGGCCACUCUGCGCUGGCCCACGCUGACGGAGGCGCAUGCUGGCUGGUAUCGCUGCCGCGCCUCCUGGCUCGACACAGAGUACUCCUCCAUCGGCUACUACCUCAACGUGCUGGCAUCAGAAGAGCCAUCGCAGUCGCAGGCACAGUCGGGGGCAGGGGCAGAGCCGGGGGCCGGGGCGGAGGAGCCGGAACAUCAGAAGGUGGAUGUGCCGCUCGGGGGCAAUGUACAACUGCACUGUCCCAAGGGCAGUGUGGGCUGCUGGUGGCGGCGCGUGGUUGGCAACUCCAGUGAGAGCUGGGCGCCCGCCGGCUCGCACCACGCGCACGGCGUGCUCGGUAUCCGCGGCGCACUAUACCAAGAGGCGGGCGAGUACCGCUGCAUUGGCGCUCGCGGCGCAGACAUGCAGCGCUUACGAGACCUCAAGCGCGUCACGCUCAGGGUCACCGGGGCAGCGACGGCGACGGCUGUGAGCGCGACGGCGACGCCGGGCGGGUGGCGGCUGGAGUGCGCGGCGUGCGGGCGCGGAGUGCGCGUGUUGUGGCUGCGCGCCUCGCCCGCGCCCAGCGCCGCGCCCGCGCACCUCGCCCCGCACACCGCACCCCACCCCGCGCCGCCCUGCUACCGCGCCGUGCUUCUGCUGCCCGAGCCCGACGAGGUGUGGUGUGUGGCGGCGACGAGCGGUGGCGGCGCGGUGGCCGUGUUCCCGCGGCGCGGCUCCCCCGCCCCCGCACGUCACGCGCAGCCGGGCCGCGCGCAGCACUCCGCCGCACAUCUGGCCUCGCCGCAUCUGUCACUGCUGCUGCUCGCGCUCCUGCCGCUCCCGCCCCUGCUGACACUCCUGCCACUCCUGCCGCCGUCCGCGGGCGCCCCCUACCGCCAUCGCUUCAUUUAA